CUGUUAUUCUCUCAAAAACUCCCGUUCUUUAUCUCUCAUUUUUGUUUUUUAAGCUAUUUAUAUUUAACGCAGCCUUCUCCGCGUUGUCCCCGCGUACUUCUAUUCGGCUUGGUAAUAAUUGUUAGCAUUCAUUUACACUGCCUGAUUCUACCCGCAAUUAUUCGCUGUGCAACUACUUCUCCAACAUGUCUUUCCUCGGCGGGCCUGAGUGCUCGACAGCAGGAAAUCCCUUGACGCAGUUUACGAAGCAUGUUCAGGAUGAUAAGUCGUUGCAACGAGACAGACUUGUUGGCCGGGGUCCCGGUGGCAUGCAGGAGGGGAUGCGAUCAAGGGGGAUGGGGUCCCAGGACAAGAUGAUGGAUGAUUUCCUCCAACAACGGGACCAAAUGCCACAAGGCCCGGCACAACCGUUCGCCAUGGAACAGAUGCGACGUGAACUAGAAAAUUUCCAAACCGCGCCACCGAGAACGGGCUCGCCUGGCUGGGCUGCGGAGUUCGAUCAUGGCGAACAGGCAAGGACGGAAGCUGCUUUUAAGCCCGGGAUGGGAAGAGCGUUUCCCGGGGUUCCCGAGUUCAAUUCCGCAGAGUUUGCUCUUUUCCGCCAACAUAACCGGAAUGGUAUGCAGGGAACGUCAAGCCCAGCGACUUCCUCCGCACCGAUGGUGAACGCAUACCAACCACAAAUGAUGAGAUAUGGCGGUAUGAACUCGGGAUACAUGGGCAUGAUGAGUCAACCAUACGGCAUGAGUUUUCAACACCACCACCCCCCACAGAAAUCAAUGCAGGAAGAUAAAGGGAAAGGAAGGAUGAUAGAAUUAGACGAUCAAAACUGGGAAGCACAGUUUGCAGAGAUUGCGGCGUCGGGACAGAAGGAUGAGGACGCGGAAGCAAAUGCGGCGAUAGAGGCAGAGCUAAAUGAAGUCGAUAGGUCAGUUCACACCGAGACUGAUGAGUUCGGGCACUUUGAAGAUAUAUGGAAAGGCAUACAGACUGAGACUGCAGCUCGCAGACAACUGGUCAACGAAGACCUAAAUUUCGACGAUAUGAAUUUGGGCGAUUUCGGUGACUGGGAUCAUUUUGAUGGUGCUCUUAACACUCAUCCCAGAGACCCUAUGAUGGGCGACUACCUUUUCGAAGAGGAGAAUGCUUUCAAAUCAGUCAAUAACCCAUUCGAAGAAGGCGUACGAAUCAUGAGAGGAGGCGGCAACUUGUCUCUCGCGGCGCUUGCAUUCGAAGCUGCGGUGCAGAAAGAUCCUAAGCAUAUCGAAGCGUGGACGAUGCUAGGAUCUGCGCAGGCCCAGAAUGAAAAGGAAAGUCCAGCCAUCCGCGCAUUAGAACAAGCCCUGAAACUUGAUCCUAAUAACCUCGAUGCCCUCAUGGGCCUUGCCGUAUCGUAUACGAACGAAGGCUAUGACCCCACCGCGUACCGAACCCUCGAGCGCUGGCUGUCAGUUAAAUAUCCCCAACUCGUCGACCCGAGCACUCUCUCAGGUGAUACCGACUUGAGCUUCACAGAUCGACAUAUUUUACACGAACGAGUCACCGACCUCUUCAUUCAGGCCGCACAACUCUCUCCUCAGGGCGACCAGAUGGACCCUGAUGUCCAGGUCGGUCUAGGAGUCCUCUUCUAUGGCGCUGAGGAAUACAACAAAGCCGUUGACUGCUUCACUGCCGCGCUUGCGUCCACUGAAUCUGGAAUUUCCAACCAGAAAGACCAGGUACACCUGCUUUGGAACCGCCUCGGGGCUACCCUCGCCAACUCCGGCCGGUCUGAGGAGGCAAUCGAAGCCUACGAGAAGGCCCUCACUAUAAACCCCAAUUUUGUUCGCGCUAGAUACAAUCUUGGCGUCUCAUGUAUUAAUAUUGGCUGCUACCCGGAAGCAGCACAACAUCUGCUCGGGGCGCUGUCGAUGCACAAAGUCGUGGAGGAUGAAGGGCGAGAACGUGCCAGAGAUAUUGUGGGCGAUGGCGUUGACGAGGCUCAGCUAGAGCAUAUGAUACACAUUUCGCAGAACCAGAGUACGAAUUUGUAUGAUACACUUCGACGUGUGUUUAGCCAGAUGGGUCGGCGAGAUCUAAGUGAUUUGGUUGUAAGUGGGAUGGAUGUUUCCGUGUUCAGAUCUGAGUUUGAGUUUUAGAUAUUGAGUGAUGGAGAGAAAGGGGUAUUUUGAGUUGGUUGAUUGGCUAUAUUCGACACGAGAUAUGAUGUUCUGGAGCAUUUAGAUGAAGAGUCAUGUCUUUCAGCACGUAUGAAGUGUGCUCAAAUACCAAUAACUGUUUUCCGAUC